GAAUGCUGCUGUCACAAUGGCUACGACAGGACUGUAUAAAAUAGGUGAUGGAAGCAACUCUGCAACUAACGGCUGCCCUGCCAGGAACAUCUUGUGCACAAGUAAAGGGGCUGGGCACUGGGGGCUGGCACACAGAGCUACCCCGAGGGCUUGGACUGAGAAGGGGUCCUCCAGGAAGACACCACAGCAGAGGAGAAAGCCCCCAAAGUCUACCUUCAUGGGAAACAAUAACAAACACCAUGUCCUAGAUGAGCCAUUUCUGAUGAAGCACCACCGUUUGAAGAACCCCUCUGACCUGUGCUCUGUGAACAUAAGCAGCCAAAAUCUGGUCUCAGCUAAAGAAGAUGAUUUUGAGAAAUUUGAUUGUGUUGCUUUUAUAAAUGCUGCUGAGAACCUGCUGACACUUGAACCAUUCCGUAAGUUUCCAGGAUUGAGGCAGCUGGAACUUUCCUUGAAUGGACUAAGAAAUCUGAAGAUCACUGCUGGAGAGUUCCUGCAUUUGGAAGAUCUGGAUCUCUCCUACAAUAACUUGUCUCCCCAGGACAUUAGGACAUUGGGAGACUUGUCCCAGCUCAAAGUCCUUCGCUUGACGGCCAAUGGGCUUCGGUCCCUGCCUCUGGACCUGGACUCUCCUCAAUUAAAGUUUCCAUCUCUGGAGGUCUUGGCACUGGACGACAACCGUCUGUCAGACCCAAGUGUCUUUGUGAGCCUGUCCCACCUCUGCUGCCUGAAGGAGCUGAAUCUGGACGGGAACAGGAUUCCGGCUGUCCCCUACCUGCGCCAGGCAGAGAGCAGGCACUUCUCCCUGCACCCCGCGCUGGGCCACAGCAGCUUCAGGGCACAGUGGUACAGAUCCUUGAGCAGCCUCCGGCGCCAGUCCCGGCCGUCACAGCAGGAGAGCGGGGAGGUGCCAGGAGAGCUGGAAGCAAAGAGAGGUCAGGUUGGAUGUGUCAUGCUACAGGAUGAAGGGGGUCCAGCUGGGCUGGAGGUUUCUCAGUCUGGCUCUCAGGAAGACCCAACACGGGUUGUUCCCAAGGAGGGAGAACCAUCUACCUCAAAGCCUCUGCUGCCUCCCUCCACACGCAGGAAUGUUCAUGCUCCCUUUCCUGCACUGAGGAGUCUCAGCCUGGCCUUCAACAAGAUUGCAGACGAGGCAGCUCUCCUUCCUGUGGCCUUCUUCCCGAGCCUGGAGGAGCUGACGUUUCACAACAACCCUCUUACCACCACCCGGAGCGGGCAGCCACCUCUGCUGACCUGGCUCCUCCAGCACAAGCUGGGCAUUAAACUUGUCCGACAGAAGAGCCCGGCCGCGGCGAGGUGGCACUUCUCCAUCCCGCUCAAAGCCAGCCGCAAGGUCACGUCACAUCUCCCCAAAGUCACAAAGCGGCCGUGGAUGCUGGAAGCUCCUGCCAAGACCUUUCUGAGGACACAGCUCCCAUCUGCAGUGGAGGCUGUGGGAGAUGCUGCACCCCCAGGUCCAGCCCAGCCACUGCUCCCCAGCAGCUCCGUGACCCCAACCAGCAGCCAGAGGGUGGUGCUGGGGGAAGAGGAAGGUGGCUCCAGGCCUCCUGCGGGCUCAGAUGAGGAGGACGUUGCAUCCUUCUUCAUGACGCAGGUGGAGGAUGUGUCCAGACCCCUGCAGAGACCCAGGGCAGGGGCCAGGCUGGAGAAGAGGAGUGAGCAGAGGGAGGAAGGGAGCUCCCAGGUGGUUCCAGAGCAAUACAAAGGCUACGAGGAGCUGCUCGGUGGAGACACGGACCCGGAUUUUAUCGAGCCAGUUGGGAUCCAGAGGAACGUGCAGGCUCUGUACCAGGUCCUGAACCACCCUCUGGUGUACCGGGAUGCCAGAGCACGGCUGGACUGUGUGCAGAAGCCCUACGUGCCUCGGAGAAAGCACGUGAGGAUGCCCGGCCCUCCUGCCCGGAAGACAAAAGCCGAGAUCCUGGAGGGAAUUCUGGUGGCCAUGAGAAACACCUUGACCUUCACUGAGGUCCCCUUGGCGUCUGUUCUGCAGAGGAGGAAAUCCAGCCCCAGGGCAUACCGGGAGGCACGGAGGCUGAUGAAGGAAUUCCAGGAGGUGUUUGAGAUGUCUCUCCUUGUCCAGGGCAUGGCCAAGCCAUUGGCUGAGGCACAGAUGGCAAAAGCCCUUCCCUCAGAGGCAACAUCCAACCCGCCCCAAACAGGUACAGCUGCCAGGAAGGAGGGUGACCAAGAAGGUGCCCAGACUUUAGUAGAGCCAGUGUAG